AUGGACCCAAUUGGACAAGAAUCUUCACCUAUCACUAAUUUGCCUGAAUUAUCGUCUGGACCUCUCGAAUCGGCAGUCAAACAGAUGGAAAGUGCCCCCAGUGAAGAUAAUCUAGAGAUUGCUAACGUUUCUGAUCAGAUAUCAAAGAAACAACUAAACAAGAACAUGAUCAUCAUGAAAGUCCUGCCUGGGGGAAGCAUCGUUUACGAGCGAACCGAGAGCGGAGAAAUCGUGGCCAGCAUCGUGAGAAACAACAACAACAAUAAUAAUAAUAAUGGGGUUGAAGAUGUUGGGAUUAACAGUAAUGAUAGUGCAGAGUUAGAAAAUUACAUCAAACAAUCAGCUAAGAAGGCAUUGCAACAGCAACAACAAGCUAUGAACAAUAAAAAAAAAAAGAUACAACAACAACAACAAUUGUUGCUAAAGGCUUCUGAUGAUCAAAUGAAGAAAAAGCGUAAAAAGCGCAUCCCUAAUUCUGUGGAAGGCCCCAGCAGGCCGGGUCUAACCUGCCCGAUCAAUGAUAGGAAUGUUGAAAAUGUUCUCGACCGGACUCUGCUCGUCACUGAAUCCCUGCAGCAGGUUUUGAAUAAUUUCAAGGAGGACCUUAAAAGAGUCGGGGGUAGUUCCACUGCCGAGUCUAAACCUGUAGGCAUAAAGAAAAGGAUCGAGAUUGCUGACAAACUGACCAAUGCCUACGUGGACUAUCAGCAGGCCAUCGAUGACAUCGGAGAGCUCGGAAGGGGCUACCUAAUAGCCGACGAGGAAGACGACGACGAAGAGGAUGAUGGAGAUGAAGAUGAGGUCGACGAAGAGGGUGUGGAUGAUGACGACGUUGAUGACGACGACGACGUAGCUGCUGUCCAGGCGAGUUCUAAUUACGGCGGUGGCGGCGGUAUUCAAAUAGAGGAUGACGUCAUAGAUGAGGAUGAGGAGGAGAUUAGAAAAUUUAUUAGAAAAAAUUAUCUCAAAAAUUCAAAAAAAGUCAACAGCGGCAAUAGCGGCAAGAAAAAAGUUCAAAACCUGAAACGAGUGGCUGGCACGAACGAUGAGGAUGAUGAGGAGGAGGAAGUCGACGAACUGGAAAACUAUGCUAGGCGAAGAGUUGGUGGCGUGAAAAUUGAAGGGGGCCAGCCACAAGUUUCGAAGGGCCGUCGUAAACGCCAGAGGGGCCCGGACGACGAAGAUGAAGAUUUUGAUGAGGUUGCAUUGAAAAAGCAAAUCUACCAGACAAAAAAAUCUAAAAAACCGCCACAACUGCAACAACAACAACAACAACAAAAGUCUAAAGAAAGGCCUGAUACUUUUAGUAAUAAAAAACAAAAAAAAGCCAUCAACACCAACAACAACAAUAGCAGCAUGCAGAAUUUGAACAACAAUAGCAUCAACAACAGCAGCAGCAGUAGUACCAACAAAUUUCAUGAUUCAACGCCCAAAGCAUCGACGUCAUCAAAAGCAACAGUGACGUCAUCAUCGGCAUCGACAACAACAAAAUUAUCUCCAUCAUCCUCCCACCACUUGAAUGAUUACUACGCCAGUAAGAAAUCCUGGACGGAAGUGGACACGGACGGCUUUGGUCAGGAGAAAUCCAAAGACACUAAAUUUUGGUACGAUAGUGUUAACGUCAAGCAUGAGGAUACGACAAAUGUUUCAGAUGACUUGUGGAUGUCUUGCGAGCCGGGCUCUGAUGAUGAGGUCCUCUAUAAUGUCGGAUUCCCCAAAAUUAGUCAAAAACGGAAAUGAUAAAUUCAUGUUUUAACUGGGUAUUGAUCAUUAUAUGAAUAUAUAUAUAAGUAUGUAUACGUAUAUAUAUAUAAUUUAUAAAUAAAUAAAUAUAUAUAUAUAUAAUAUAUAUAUAUGAUAAAUAAAUUGAUAGACAGACAUACCGUGUUGUUUGUUCAUUACAAUUUAUUGUCUUUGUUCGUUUUUUUUUCCUCAAUACAACUUUUUUAAUUAUUAUUUCUCUGUUAUUUAAUUUCUUAUUUUGGUUCAUUUUUAGCAGCCUUUUUUUUUGUUAAAAAAUUUUUUACUCUUUCAGAUUAUAAUUGUAAAAUUAGGUUCGGUUUUUGGCUAGUGUUAGAUGAAAUAAUAUAACAAUAAUAAUUAUAUAAUAAUAAUAACAUUGUCAUUAUUAUUAUUAUUAUUAUUACACGUAACUGCUCUUAUCAAUAACAAUAAUUAAUAUUCAUUAACAUGUUGGAACUGUUGCAUCAAUGAACGAUGUUUUGUGACGGGUGAUUGACAUUUGAUUAAAAUGUGUGUGUGUGUUUGUGACUUCGUUUGUUUAUUAUUUAAUUAUAAAUAAUUCAUUUUUUUAAUUGAUUAAUUAAUAUUAAACGUAAUUAUUCAUUAAUGUACCUAAAUCAACUGAAACGUUGGAGGUACACUGAUGAUAAUUAUAGAGGAAGAACUUUGUAUGUUGGUGUAAUAUUGCUAUGAUAAUAAAAUUUGCGUUAAUCCG